AAAAAACGCGACACAAUGUCUGAUUUUGACAGCAACCCGUUCGCAGACCCGGACUUCAGCAACCCUUUCCAGGAUCCUUCUGUGACGCAGGUGACUCGGUCUGCCCCACCUGGUGGUUUGGAGGAAUAUAACCCCUUCACAGAUGCCAGAACGGCAGCCCCUGGAAAUGCUCCCAAACCUACUCCAGCCCCUUCCCAGAACACGCAACCUGCCAUCAUGAAACCUACAGAAGAACCACCUGCUUAUUCACAGCAACAGACUCAGCAGAGGCGCAAUGAGGACCAAGCACGUGCUCAGGCAGAGUUGUUGAGAAGGCAGGAGGAGUUGGAGAAGAAAGCAGCUGAGCUUGAUCGUCGGGAAAGAGAAUUACAGUCCCAUGGAGCCGCGGGAGGUCGUAAGAACAACUGGCCUCCAGUGCCAGAAAAGUUCCCUGUUGGCCCAUGUUUCUAUCACGAUAUUGCAGUCGACAUCCCUGUAGAGUUCCAGAAGACGGUCAAGAUCAUGUACAACCUUUGGAUAUUUCACGCAGGCACACUUUUUGUGAACAUGUUUGGCUGCUUAGCCUGGUUCUUUGUGGACGCAUCUCGUGGCGUAGAUUUUGGUCUGGCAAUCCUAUGGUUUCUGCUCUUCACCCCCUGUUCCUUUGUCUGCUGGUACAGACCACUUUACGGGGCUUUUAGGAGUGACAGCUCAUUCCGCUUCUUUGUCUUCUUCUUCGUCUAUAUCUGUCAGUUUGGGGUUCACGUCCUACAAACCAUCGGCAUCACUGGCUGGGGAACAUGUGGCUGGAUUGCAGCUUUAACUGGUCUGAACACCAGUAUCCCAGUGGGCAUCAUUAUGUUACUGAUUGCUGCUCUGUUCACUGCACUGUCUGUGGGCUCGCUCAUCAUGUUUAAAAAGGUGCACGCGCUCUAUCGUACCACCGGUGCUAGUUUUGAGAAGGCUCAGCAGGAGUUCGCAACCGGAGUCAUGUCGAACAAGACCGUUCAGACUGCGGCCGCUAACGCCGCGGCCAAUGCUGCAACCAAUGCUGCAACCAAUGCUGCUCGUGGAGCCUUCAAACCUCAUCCAUAAACUGACACAUGCCCACACACACACACACACACUCAUGCUUACACAUACACACUCAUGCUUACACACACACACACACACACUGAUAAGAUGGAGAUGCACAGCUCUGGCCCAGUUCCUCGGAUCCAACAUAUAUACAGGAAGGUGCCCAGAGCUGUCCACCCUCACCUAAGAGUCAGUCACACAUCCACCAUGUCUGCUUCUCAGUCAGCUGACUAUAUGCUCACAUCCCCUGAAAUGUCCACUUAGCGAGUUAAGGUGUUCUCCUUGAGUGUGUGGGAUUUCAUGUCAAUUUUCUUACUCACUACUUCGCUCCCAUGUCAUGCUGAGGUGAUCCUACGUCAGGCAGAGAUUGGCAUUUCGAGCAUACCUUAUUUUUGUCAUGGUGACGACCUGCAAGCCGCUUCCUGCCUGGUAAACACAGUGUUGAGUUCAUGAAAAAGUGAUAAUCUGAUCACGGUGUUGCACAUGAAUCUGUUUUCUUGAUCGCGUACUGACACGAGUAUAUGUUUGAAUGGCUGCGGCUGUGUGUGAAUGUGUACUUCACUAAAAGAAAAAUGUGGCUCCAGUGUGGAGGGUUUUUUUUAUAAUACACUGCUUGGUCAUGGAGAUGUGAAAGGUGAAUUUCACCUUGGACUAUAUCAGCGCUUCUAAUCUCAGACAAUACCAUUGUGAUGAUGGUAAAAUGUCAUUCUUAAAGAAAAAAAAAAAAUGGGAUUAUGUGUGUAUGUUGUGAUGAAAGGACCUGCCCGCAGUCCCCAACAGUGCUCCGAUGACCUCUGUGUGCUACUUUGUUUGGAAAAGUGGGCUUGGUCGGCAUCUCUGUAGCUUACUAAGAUGUGACAGCAUGAAAAUGACGUGCUUUAACAGCGGAAGAAUUUCUUCCCUCAUGUAUUUUCCAUCGGUUUUCUGUGAGAAGCGAGUUAUAAAACUACUGCAUGUCCCAGUGGCUGUUUGACAGGUCACCAGUUCUCACCACUAACGUUUAUGUAGUUCCAGGGCUUUCAUGGGCUGGUUCAGCAAAAAAAAAAAAGCAGAGAACGCCCUUUCCUUUAUGUACGUGUGUAUGUUUGGCAUUAACUGUGUGGCUCUCUCCUCGGUUGUUUUCUUUCACACUUGGUUAGAAACUAACGCGCUAAUGAGUCUGAGAGUUGCAGAGUCGUAGCCUCCUGUUUUCAUGUUUCCUGUAGAUGGAGGACACAUGGUCCCUACAGAGUGAUUACUGAGAGAAGUGACCUGGCUUUUCUCACUGAAGACGACCUGGACAGUGUUAAAGCUAUUCCUUUAGAAUACCCUGUAUAGAAAACAUAAUAAAUACACUGAUACUGGUGAUUUUUUUUGGUAUUUGUUUCAUUUCAUAGCCAAAAUAGAUUGGACUUGAUGCACAUUCUAUGUCAUCACUAAGAAAUGUUAAUUUAUACACAAUAGCGUGGGUGUUUUUCAGCACAAAGUUGUACAGACUACUGUCAUUAAGGUGAAAUAUGGACGUGGAUUACAUUAAUGUUGUGGUUUAGCACCUCAUAGUGGUGAAGAGUGGAUGUUACACACACGUGUGGCAUUAAAACAAUGUAGUGGGUGAGAAACUUGAGGAGAAGAUCAACUUUUCAUGAAGUAGUUAAGCCUACAUUUUGUAAGCAGUUCAUGUUAUUUUGGACAUCAUAUCUUUUAAUGUAUUGCACAUUUCUUGUUUUGCGUCAAUUUUCAUGCAAAAGACGAACAUCGGUUUUAUUUAUGGCGUAAUUUAUGUUGUUUGCAUUUCAGUUGUGUUUGGUUUUGGUUUUAAAGUGUGUUUUUGUAAAAAUGACAUGAUCGUAGCAUCAGCUAGAUUUAAAAAAGAAAAAGUGUUAAAUUACUUGCGAGUUGUGUAUGUGUGGGUAAAACUGUGUGUAUGAUUGGUGAACGAACAAGGAAAAUCGCCCUCAAGUGUUAUUCUAAGUCCUGAAAAGCUGUGAGAGAUCUACCAAAUGUCAUGUAGGUUGUUUUUUUUCCAUCUUGGUUUGUGAUGUGUUCCCUUAUCAUAUUUUACUUUAAGGUAUUAACUACUUAUUAACUACUACACUGACAGAAUUUCCAUGUAUCUAUAAUUUGAAGCAGUUGUUAAAUGAAACCGUGCCACAGUGAAUAUUUUGUCGACGUGUUUGAUGAGCUGGCCCGCAGUGCCAGUGAUGUGUUUGAAGUCUGCCGACACCAAACUUUGUUUUUGACCACUGGCCUUUUUAUUUCACUGAAUUAAAGAAGAAAGUCAUUCAAAAGGGACACUUGUAUAUUUUGUAAAAUUGAAAAUUUGAUCUCCAUUAUCAGAAACAUGUAAAAAGAAAAUGUAAUGCACUCUUGUCUGGCCUUUGUCGCAUGUGAAAUAGUUUGAGUUUUGUAUAUUUAUGGUAUUAACAUUAAAUAAAAUUUGAAAGAAA